AUUUUUUGCAUGUGUAGUAUAUCAAAAAUCUGCAGAGCAGCUGUGUGAGAACUUGCAACAUACUCGUACUAGUUCCCUUCUCUGUAUCUUAACACUAAGGAGAAAAAUGAAAAGUUAAAAUUAUAAUUCAUUGAAUUUUCAAAAUUAUUUCUAAAACUUUGAUAUUCGAAAGUUUUACGUAUUCGAGACAGCAUAUAUCCUACAUUUAUAGCUCAAGUUUCAAUGCAACUUAUGAUUAAUCAAAGAAGUAUUUGUGUAAAUAGUGACAAGCUGAUAGUGAGCUGCGUUCGUGAUAGUGAUAAAAAGUUCACGUGAAUGGAAUAUAUUACUGUCAUGUAGUACAAUGACGUAUAAACGUCAGGAAUAUACAAAGUAUUUAUUUUUUUUUAACUAUUAUCAUGGGAUCCAGAUUAAGGGAGGAUGUUAAGCAGCUAUUUGAAUGUUUUUGUGAAAUUGCUGCACCAGUUAGCAACAAACAAGCUUGGAUUCUUCAAAAAUAUCCAAGUUCUUUUUCAGAUGAAGAGAUCUUGAAGUCAGUCCCUAAAUUUGCAUAUCCUUGUGAGAUAGAAAAUUUACUGGUACAGCACUUCUCAUUUGUGCUUACUAGUAUAGAUUCAAAAUGGACCUUUGGUUUUUGUCGGCAUGAUCCAAAAACAGAGACCGCAUUAGUGGUUUUGAGUGCAUUACCAUGGCAUGAAACAUUUUAUAAAUUAUUAAAUCAUAUUGCAUCUUUAACAAAUAAUGGAAGUGGAGAAGAUCUUUGGAAAUUUCUUGAGAAGGUACACAGUUGUAGUGUUCCAAUACCUGGAAAUUCAAUAUCUAUACCAAUACCAAGUCUUAAUUCUAAUUUUGUUUGCCAAAGUCCUAAGCAAUUUCAAUUACCUAGUAUUCCAGAAAAUAGAAAUUUGACAGAGUAUUACAGUGCUGUUGAUGCUCAUAAUAUGAUGGUAGUAUUCGCAUCUAUGCUAUAUGAACGACGCAUUAUUUUUACUUCCAAACGUUUGUCAAGGUUAAGUGCAUGUGUACAAGCAUGCAAUGCUUUAAUUUAUCCAAUGAUUUGGCAGCAUAUAUAUAUCCCAGUACUUCCAUUAUCUUUAAUGGAUUAUUUAUUAGCACCAAUGCCAUUUUUGAUAGGUGUACCUGCUCCAACACUCCAGAGGGUUCACAAAAGUGAUUUAGGCGAGGUAGUUAUUUUAGAUGCUGACAACAAUACCAUUGAGUCUCCUUUUCAAGAUUUGGAAUCUUUACCUCAAGAUGUAGUAACAAAUUUAAAAAAAGCAUUACGCAAUAGACCUGCCUUACUUGGAGAUGGAGUGUCUAGGGCAUUUUUACGAGCAUUAGUACAACUGACUGCAGGAUAUAGAGAAGCAUUAACUUUGCAACAAGGAGAACGUAUCACAUUUGAUCAAAACGCAUUUGUAGAAAGUAGACCAUCUUCCAUGCAACCUUUUCUACGAAAAAUGUUAGAACUUCAAAUCUUUCAACAAUUUAUAGAAGAGAGAUUAAAUAUGCUCAAUUCUGGACUUGGCUUCUCAGAUGAAUUUGAGAUGGAAGCAUGCAGUUAUUCAGUUAAAUCUAGCAAUAAAUUUAUGCAACAAUAUAGAGAAUGGACUUAUGCUAUGAGGAAAGAAAGUUCAGCAUUUUUCCGUAGUGUGAAGGAUAAAGCAAAUCCAGCAGUAAAAUAUGCAGUUAAAUCUGUCAAAGAUAGAGGGAAAGAUAUGAAGACAGCAUACAAAGGAUUGAAAUGGAAAGGACGGUCAAAUAGAAGUGAGAAUAGUAUGAGAUUUCAUCAACCAAGAUCUGCACCUAGUUCGCCUACUCUAGACAGAAAUCCUAUUGGAUUUACAGCACCACCUAAAUCUCCCAAUGGAUUUACUGCUACGACUAGUUAUCGAAAGGAAUUACGUUUACGCAAUAGCAAUUUUACAGAUCCGAGAAAACAAUACUCACCAUUAAGUCCAAGUUCUCCUGAUGAGUCAGAAUCACCACCAGAACGUAUAAAUAUAGAUCUCAUGCAUGAACUUCGGGAUGUAAUAUUUCCAAACACACCACCUGUGGAUAGAACUUUGAAGCCAGUACGCAGUUUAGACAGCUUGAGAUCUGCAUGGAGUGGGCAUUCACGACAUGGCCCCCUACCUCGUACUAUUGUCAGAAACGCUCAUGAAAUAUCCCCUCCAAAAACUACUUCAUCUUGCAUCCAACCAAUACCCAUCAUGAAUAAUACAAUUGAUCAAUGUAAUACUUCAAUGGAAGCAUUACAGAUAAAUCUAAACAAACCUUUUGGUAAUGAUUCAUUGUCUGCUAAAUCAAACAGAAUUACUGCUGAAAUAGAUUCAGAAGCAUGUUUCGUACAUACUUCAUCCUCUGUACGUGGAUUAUCUGCACAGUCUAAUUUUUUACAUGAUUUGUAUACAUGUAAUGAAUGGAUUACUCCUGCUAUCAAUGUUCCUCAUUACUUACAAAAUGAUAUUAAACAGCAAAGAUCACAAUCCAAAGUUCAUUCACAAAACGUAACUAAACAUGAUUACAAAAAUAUUUUUACAAAUGUUGAUUCAGUAUUGAAAAAACAAAAUGACAAUGUAAGUGAUAAUUGCAUUUUAACUACUAAUUCUUUUCAAGAAACUGAGGAUGAUCCUUUUGAUACAAGCAAAGUGUUUAUUCCCUCCUAUUUACAAAAACCAUUGUUUCAUUCCACAAAUCCAUCUUUGUCUACUAAUUCUGACAUAUCAAUCCAUCCUGUAAGUACUACUACAUCCUGUUCUGCACAAGUUAAGAGUUCGCCAGAAGUGCCAGAUUUAAUCAGAUUAGAUUCUACAAAUAGUAAUGAUGAUUUUGACCCAUUACUUUCUAAAUCUUCAGUAUUUCCUAAUACAAAGCAAAUGACACAGUCCCUACAUAUACCAGAAAUGGGUGAAGGUCUUAGUAAUCCUUUAUAUCCUUAUUUUCAACCUUUACACAGUGCAAAAGAUGUACAACAUUCGCAUAAACCUUCUGAUAGUGUUGGUGAUUUGGAUCUAUUACAAGCAUAUGGUUUAGAUUUUGAUAAAUUUAGUGUAACUAAUGGUGCAUCGCCAACAAAAAGUUCAGUAGCACCUACACAGAAUGCACCUGGAAACAGUAUUAAAAAUAUGGAUAAUGCUUUUAGCUUAUCGCUCGGCACAUCUACAGUUAAGCCACAAAAUAAUUGGACAAAAUUUGAAUAGAUAAAAAAGAUUAGAAAUCGCAUAUCAUAAUUGUAUAUAUCGGUUUUUGUUAUUUAUCACUAUAUAUCUGCAAUAUAACUUGUAUAUUUUCUUUGGAAGAUAAUUGAAUGCAGCAAAUGUUCAUAAUAAUAUUAUAUUGGGAUGUGAAGUAUUGUUACUUUCAUUCAUAGAAAGUGUAUCGUUCCUAUCCUGAUGCACAAUUAUGAAUUUAAUAUAUCUGUUUAUAUUUAAAAUUUCUUGUAAUCUAAUUAUAUACAAAACAUGCUUAUUUGUACAUAACUAUUAAAUUUUAUUAUUAUUAUU